AUGAAGAUCGUCACAGUCUUCCUCAUGAUGGCCUUCGCUGCUACCACCAUGGCCGCUCCUCCGAUGGGACAGUCAGUUCAUCCGGCUGAGCAGUCUGCUCCUCCAGCUAAGCAAGCAUCUCCUCCGGCUGAGCAAGCCGGUGAUCCAGACAAGGGCUGCAAGUUGUGCCGCGAGCAUUUCGACAACUGCAAGAAGUCCUGCUGGUGGUGGUUCGACCCGGCUGCAUGUGAUCGUUCAUGCCAGAUCGAGACUUGUCACUUUCUCCCUCAUGACCUCUGCAAGCACUGCGGCUUCAACAUCUGCUAG